GAGGUCGGCGCAGCCGGAGCCGGGGACCAAGCAGCCUGCGAGUCGGCGUGGCAGGAGGCUUCAGGGAAUCGCGGCCCCAAGGCCACAGGUGAGGGGUCGGGCGUCGGGGGUCCGAGUCUGGAGCCGUUUCUCAGGCGCACGUCCCAUCCGUCUAGAUUCUCCCCAACGCCCCUCCUCCUCCGCUCGCCCGCCCGCCCCCCGGCCGCCACCAUGAUGUACCUGACGACCCUGCCGCUCUUCUGGAUCAUCAUCGCAGCCUCUCGCGGCGGCCAGUGGGGCGCCUGGAUGCCCGCCUCCAUCGCCGCCUUCGAGGGCACCUGCGUGACCAUCCCCUGCCGCUUCGACUUCCCGGACGAGCUGCGGCCGGCCGUCGUGCACGGCGUCUGGUACUUCAACAGCCCGUACCCCAAAAACUACCCGCCCGUGGUGUUCAAGUCGCGCACCCACGUGGUGCACGAGAGCUUCCAGGGCCGCAGCCGCCUGUUAGGCGAGCUGGGCCUCCGCGACUGCACGCUGCACCUGAGCCGCCUGACGCCGGAGCUCGGGGGCAAGUACUACUUCCGCGGGGACCUGGGCGGCUACAACCAGUACAGCUUCUCGGAGCACAGCACGCUGGCCGUCGUCGACACGCCCGGCAUCGUGGUCCCCGCGGAGGUGGUGGAGGGCAGCGCGGUGGAGGUGAGCUGUGUCGUGCCUGACAACUGCCCGGAGAUGCGGCCCUCGCUGACCUGGCUGGGCCAGGACGGGCUGGAGACCCCCGCGGUGCUGGCGCGGGUCCGGGAAGACGCGGGGACGUGGCUGCAGACCUCCCUGCUCCGCUUUGUGCCCAGCCGGGCGGAGAACGGCUACCGCCUCGGUUGCCAAGUCUCUUACCCCAACACGACCCUCCAAUUCCAGGGCUACGCCAGCCUGGACGUCAAGUACCCGCCGCAGAUCGUGGAGAUGAACUCGUCCGUCGAGGCCACGGAGGGCUCCCGCGUGACGCUGCUGUGCGCGGUGGACAGCAACCCGCCCGCGCUGCUCACGUGGCUGCGGGAGGACAGCGUGCUGAGCGAGGCCGUCACGGCCAGCCUGGCCCUGGAGCUGGGCGAGGUGACCCCGGAGCACGACGGCCUCUAUUCCUGCCUGGCGGAGAACGCCUUCGGCCACGCCAACCAGACCCUCGAGCUCACGGUCAUGUACGCGCCCUGGACGCCGGUGGUGAACGGGUCGGUGGUGGCCGCGGAGGGGGAGGCCGUGUCGGUCCUGUGCUCCACCCAGAGCAAUCCGGACCCCAUCCUGAGCAUCGUCCGCGAGGACCAGGUGUUGGCCACCGGCAUCUACGAGAGCCACCUGCUGCUGGAGCUGCCGGCCGUCACGGCUGAGGACGGAGGCCAGUACUGGUGCGUGGCCGAGAACCAGUACGGCCGCCGGGCCAGCGCCUUCAACAUCUCCGUGGAGUUCGCGCCCGUGAUCCAGCCGGACUCGCACUGCGCGGCGGCGGCGGCGGCGGCGUCGAGGGGGACGACGGCGGCGGCGGGGGGCGAAGCGCUCCGCUGUGUCUGCUCGGUGCGGGCCAACCCGCCCGCCGCCGUGGCCUUCGAGCUGCCGCUGCGCAACGUGACGAUGAACGAGACGGAGCGGGAGUUCGUCUACGCGGAGCGCGCGGGGCUGCUGCUCACCAGCGUCCUCACCCUGCGCGGCCUGGCCCAGCCGCCACGCGUCAUCUGCUCCGCGCACAACCGCCUGGGCGCGCAAACCCUGGAGCUGCCCCUGCAGGGAGCCCACCGGCUGAUGUGGGCGAAGAUUGGGCCCGUGGGUGCCGUGGUCGCUUUCGCUAUCCUGAUCGCCGUCGUCUGCUACAUCACUCAGACUCGCCGGAGGAAAAACUUACCGGAAAGUCCCAGCUUCGGCCCCGCCGAGCUCCCGCCGGUUCUGUGCAGCAGCGAUUUCCGCGUCCCGGGUCGGGGCAAGGGCGAGCCUCAGCACAUCUCUCCCCUGCAGACCCACUAAGCGGCAGGCCGGCUGGAGCCAGGGUCCGAAGAGGCGGAGCCAGAACGGCGGGAGGGGGCCCUGGACCGGGACCAGAACUACAGCACCGGAGACCUCGG